AUGCGUCGUGGUGGCUUGGGCGCAGCUGGAGUAGCCCGUCGAAGGCAGGAGAAUAGAAAGAUGGAGAGUAUCGGUGAGUCUUUAGAAACAGUUAGGCUAGAGACAGUUAAGGGACAAUGUGAUACAUUCAAGGCAAGGCUGCAGGAAUUCGCCACGAAAUAUCGGUCCAAGAUAGAGAAGGAUCCCAUCUUCCGUUCACAGUUCCUGGGUAUGUGCCAAUCAGUGGGUGUAGACCCUCUGCAGUCCACGAAGUCAGUGUUUGGAUCAAUGCUCGGGCUCGGGCGCUUCUAUGCCGAACUAGGUGUGCAGAUACUAACCCUCUGUCUGACAACGCGUGAGGAUAAUGGUGGGCUAUUGGACAUGGAUGACUGUUUAGCAAUGCUCAGGAAGGUUCGUGCUGCUAAGUCCGAUACCAUCUCCAGGGAAGAUGUGACUAAGGCGAUAUCAGAACUGUCAGUACUAGGUGCCGGAGGUGUGAGCAUAGUAUGGGGAGAGAGAGGGAAGACCUUCAUCAGCUCCGUCCCAGAUGCCUUCAAUGCUGAUCAGACUGCAGCUAUCAGCUUGAUAGUCUCCCGAGGAGGGCACGUAUCCGUCAGCGAGUAA